UAUGUGAAAAUGGUUCACCUCAUGUCACCAUAGAUCACUACACCUUAAUGAACAAAAAACGUUUUCCUUUUUAAAUUGAGGUUUAUGAGUAACGGUGUCUAUCCAGUUGAUAAUUUAUACACACACACACACAAUAUUGGCUUUUUGAUAAAUCUGAAAUUUCUUGAAAACCCACACCUGCUUAUAUAUAGUUCAUUUUAUUGUGGUGCUCUAAACAACAUACCUUCCAUCUCAACAAAUCAACACAUCAAUGGCAUCUUCUUCUGCUACUGCUCCAGCCUUUACUUCUCAGUCGUGGAAGUAUGAUGUUUUUCUCAGCUUUAGAGGAGAAGAUACUCGUAAGACGUUUGUGGAUCAUCUCUACACAGCUCUUGAACAACAAGGGAUCUUUACUUACAAGGAUGACGAAACACUUCCUCGGGGCGAAUCGAUUGGUCCAUCUCUUAUAAAGGCUAUAGAAGAAUCGCAGACUGCUGUCAUCGUAUUCUCUGAAAACUAUGCAUAUUCUUCAUGGUGCUUAGAUGAACUUGUACAUAUUAUGGAAUGCAAGGAUAAGAGAGGCCAAAUCGUUAUACCCAUAUUUUAUAACGUGGAACCAUCUGAAGUGAAAAAUCAAAGAAGAAAAUAUGGGGAAGCACUUGCCAAACAUGAGUUGGAGAACAAGAACAAAGUUAAAACUUUGGUACAAACAUUUUUGGAUGACCCUUGGGGAUGGCUCUCUGCACCGCGAGAACAAAAUAAGAAAUACGGAAAAAUAUAUGCCAAGCAAGAGUUGGAGUACAAGACCAAGAUUGCAUCUUGGAGACAAGCACUUGCGGACGCAGGUAACAUCUCUGGAUGUGAACCAAAGCAAAUUGCCAACGGGCAUGAAUCAAAGGUUAUCAAAGAAAUUGUUGACACAAUUUCACAGAGAUUGAAGCUAGUAACUUUAGGUGCAAAUGGGAACCUGAUAGGAAUAGCGGCUCGCAUGCAAGCUUUACAAUUGGAGUUACAAAUUGGGUUAGGUGGUGUGCGCAUGAUUGGAAUAUGGGGGGUUGGGGGUGGUGGUAAGACUACUCUUGCUUCUUCUAUAUAUGAUGAAAUCUCUAGCAAGUUUGAUGGUUCCUGCUUUGUAAAAAAUAUCCGGGAGGAAUCAAGUAAGAAUGGCUUGGAAAGCUUGCAAGAAAACAUCCUUUCGGGUGUUUUAAAACAAAAGCAACCACAGGUGAUCAGGAGAAUCGAGGAAGGAAGACGCAUGAUACAAAGUAGGUUAUGCCACAGAAAGCUGUUAAUUGUUCUUGAUGAUGUUGAUCACCUUGACCAACUAAAAGCAUUAGCUGGGUCGUAUGACUGGUUUGGUGAAGGAAGCCGAAUAAUAAUCACAACUAGAGAUGAGCAUGUGUUAAAUGCACACAGGGUGAAUGUGAUCCACAAUAUUAGAUUGUUAAACGACGAUGAGGCUAUUAAGCUAUUUUGCAAGCAUGCGUUCGAGGAUGACAGACCUCGGAAAGAUUAUGAGCAGCUUUCAAAAGAUGUGGUUUCUUAUGCCGGUGGGCUUCCGUUAGCAAUCAAAGUUCUUGGUUCUUUUCUGUGUGACAAAGACAUGAAUGAGUGGAGGAGUGCAUUAACCAGGCUGAAAGAGAUCCCAGAGACUGAAAUUGUGGAAAAGCUCAAAAUCAGCUUUGAUGGACUUAAAGGGGUUGAGAAAGAGUUGUUCCUUGAUAUUGCAUGUUUCUUCAGAGGGGAGUAUAAAAAUGAAAGAGCAAUGAUGAUACUUAAUGCUUGUGGCUUUCAUCCUAUCAUAGGACUGAAGGUGUUGAUACAAAAGGCUCUCAUAAAUAUUUCUUCAGAUGGAAUGUUUGAUAUGCAUGACCUGGUGCAAGAAAUGGGACACUACAUUGUUAGAGGGGAACACCCUAAGGAUCCUGAAAAGCAUAGUAGAGUUUGGAAGGAGGAAGAUCUCCGAACAAUAUGUGCUAUGGGUGCUAUGAUGGAGCUUGACAUGAUUGAAGCGAUAAAGAGUGUUUUGUUGGCUGAUCCGAUAAAUCUUCCUCCAAUUGUUGCAAACAUGAAGAACCUUCGGUGGAUUGAAUGGAAUGGUGGUCUUGCAAAUCCCUUGCCCACUCACUUUUCACCAAGGAAGCUUUGUUUUCUAAAAUUGGAUUGCAUACGGCCAAAACAACUUUGGGAGGGUUAUAAGCAGUAUCUCCCAAGUUUGAGAAUCAUGGAACUUCAUAAUGUGAAUAACCUCAUCAGGACACCAGAUUUUGACGGAAUUCCAAAUCUUGAAAGAUUCCGUCUUUCUCAAUGUCCGACUAUAAAAGAGAUUCAUCCAUCUAUUGGGUGCUUGAAAAGACUUGUUUUCUUAUCUGUAGAACAUUGUUUCAGUCUUGAGAUGUUUCCACCCAUUACCCGAUUAAAGAUACUCGAGACCCUUACAUUCACAGGAUGCCCUGAACUUUUUAAACUCUCAGAAAUCCAACCACUGAACAUGGACAAUUUUCCACAUCUUCAUUUAGAUACUAGUGACACGGAAGUUAAGAAACUACAAAAGGACCUUACUGGGCUACGGCUAUUUCAGAAUGGCUUAAGAGAGUUGGUUCUUAGCUACUGCAAUUUGAGAGAUAAGGACAUGAGCACUGCUGCUUGGGAUUUGCCUAACUUGGGAAAACUCGAUCUAAGAUCAAAUGAAUUUUCACAAUUAAAUUUUAGUUGCUUACAACUCCCUCGGGUCAAAAUGCUGGACGUGUCAGGUUGUAGACACCUUGUAGAAUUGUCUGAGCUCCAUCAAGUAUAGCUGUUGUUAAGGCAGAUCGUUGUACAUCACUUGAAAGCUUUGGAGACAUUUCAAACUGUAAAUGGUUGUGGAAAGUCUCACUCCUGAGGAACAAUAAACUUGGUGGUGACAAAUUACUACACUCCAUGCUCCAGGUUUGGCUCUACCUACCUUUCGUAUUCUAUUCUUUAUCAUAUAAGUUGAAACAUAAUUAAGGAUAAUUGACUCUGUUUUCGAUGAAAGGGGCAUGCUAUUGAAGAUUACUAUAUUAGUGUCACUAUUCAACCGCAGAUUCCAAAGGGGUUUGUUAGUAGACUCUUUAAGGGAAACACAUUUACACAGCAUCUUCCAAAUGAUUGGUAUGAUGACUUUUGUGGGUUUUUAAUAUGCAUUGUUACCAAAUUACCAUGUCCGCGUGUGAAUAUAAUCAUCAAGCAGGAGGCAGAUGAAGAUUCUCGAUCUGAGGUUUGGGAGGAGUCUGAUAAUGAAGAAUUGGAGCCCAAAUAUGAUGAAACAAGUAUUUCCGUAGGAUAUGUCUCAUUUAAUAAACUGAAGCACACUGCAUUUUUGAAUUCAUCAUACAAUAUGAUCACGUUUUCCAUAGACGACAUGGGUCAGCAGUCGUAUGCAGCUGCAAGUUACGUUGGAGGUGAGCUUGUUCCAAGGGGAAAUGAAGGCGAUGAUCAGGUGCAAACAGCAGAUGGCUCAGAAUUUUGGGACAAGGAAAAUGAGGAUGGUUCAAACACGUUUACUAUCCAACAACAUGAUUCGAAGUCUUCCAUCGAGAUCUUAUGGCAACACUAUGGCGACAGGUUAUCCAAUACCGUCCGACAGUUAUUUCAAGGAUCUGGCAUCUCGUAGUUCACUAUCAACUUUUUCUCUUAUAGACAGGGAGUGGCUGGAAAUACCUUUCACUAGUAACGAAAUAAAACAAGUCGUAUGGUAUAAUGGUAGUGUGGAUCUUCCAGAUUGCCUCGCCCUGAUGGGUAUUUUAUCGAGUUUAUCAGACAUUUUUGGAAAAUACUCCGAGGAAACAUAGAGGCUGCUAUUAACGUGUUUGAAGAAUCUAAAAACAUCCCCAAAGGGUGCAACGCGCGCUUCUUUCACAACACUAAAGCAUAAUUGUGGAGCGGAUUGUUCUUUGGUCUUUCGAUUGGAUGACAAAUAGGAAUCAUAAAUAUAGUAUACAUUGGAUUUUUUGGAUUGAAAAUCCAGAUAUAUCAAUUCCUAUGUAAUGUUUUUUGGAUGUUUUCUCUAGCUUCCUGCUUUAGGCUUUUAUUUAUUUAUUUAUUUUUUUAAGUCAAUCAUUCACCUGUUUAAAAAACUCAAAGAUUACAAUAUAAAAUCCCAA